AUGAAGAGAACUACGCUGGACUACUUUUUUAAACCACAAGAAAAGAAAUCGAAUAUUUAUGUGGAAAUCGAAGAUAUAGAAAAUGCUCUUGGUAAUACUAGUAUUAUUGAUGAAAAAAAUUUAGAGACUUGUGUAGAUGACAUCUCUUUAUUUAGUAACACAGCUAAAACAUUAACAGAUGAGGAAAAAAUAAAGAUAAAAUUUAAUAAAGCCUAUUCAAAAAUUAGACAAGGUGGUUAUUGUAAAUACUAUGUUGCAUUUGCCAAAUAUGGAAGAAUUGGAAAUCAACUACUUGGACAGCUUGUUGUUAAUCCCUUUAAAAAUUAUAAAGAUGCUCUACAAAUUUCCGGGCUCACAAAAAAGUACCAUAUUGACGCUGUGUUAGAUGCAGAAAAUGUUUUGGAUGUCUAUGAAAAAAGAAAAGUACCAAUAAUACAACAAAUUGAUAAUGAUGGAGUUAUUCAAAUACAAGAAAAUAGGAAACGAUUGGUACCGAUUAUUCAAUGUAUCUUGCUAUGUGGUCGAGAAGAUAUUUCUUUAAGAGGACACCGUGAUCAUGGCCAAAUUGAUAUUAGUGAUGAUAGGCGUUACGGAGGUAACUUUAGGGCUAUUUUAAAGUUUAGAGCUAAAGGGGAUGGUUAUCUAAAAACAGUACUCGAAGGACCAGUGAAUAUGUCUGAAUGUUUUUCUGUGAUGGCAGAUGAAACAACAGAUAUUUCAACAACUGAGCAACUAUAUUCUAUAUGUGUGAGGUAUGUCGAUAGUAAAAAUGUACUAGAUGAACAUUUUCUCCAGUUUUUCUCUAUGCAUAGUUUAAUAGGAAAAGACUUAGCAACUUCCAUAUUAAGGGGAUUAAGUGACUGUGGAAUUAACUGUGAGUUUAUGUACAGUCAAGGAUAUGAUAGGGCCAGCAAUAUGGCUGGUGAAUUUAAAGGUGUACAGAAAAUAAUUAAUGAUCAAUUUCCAAAGGCAUUAUAUAUCCAUUGUUCUGCACAUUCACUAAAUUUAGCUGUGUCCUCGUCAAGCAACAUUAGACCGAUAAGAAAUUGUCUUGGAAUAGUUGAAAAACUACAUGCUUUUUUUAAUACACCUAAACGAAACAAUGUACUACAAAACAAAAUUGAAAAAGCUGAUCAUUCACCCAAUAUUACUACACUUAAAAGACUUUGUGCCACUCGAUGGGUGCAAAGGUAG